AUGCAAUUUAAAGUUUCUGAUUUAAAAGAUAUUUGUAGAUCAAUUGGUUUAAGUUUAGUUGGUGUUAAAAAAACAUUACAAGAGAAAAUUAUAACUUAUUUUGAUUUAGGUAGAACUCAUAAUGAUCAUAUUAGAUUAUCAAGUAUUCGAAUGCUUGUAUUAAUGAAGAAAAGUAAUCGACAAUUACCACCUUAUAAUCAGGUUUAUGAUGGAAUUAAAUUGGGUAAAAUUGAUUUUCUUGAUUUUUUGAAACCAAAAGAAUCAUCAUCAUCAACUGAAUCAAAACCUUAUCAUAAUCAUAGUUUAUUUUUUGUAUUAUCACCAUUUUAUAAUUUAACUAGGAAUUUACAUUGUAGUCCUCAAAAUGCACCUGCUACAAGAGGUAAGGCAACUUAUAUAUAUAAUUUUAUUUUAACUGCUGAAGAAUAUAAUUAUUUUAAAUUGGAUUCAAAAAAAUACAGAUUAUAUUUCAUGAUGGGACUGAAAUAUACACCUAAAUCUUCAUCUGAUGUAUUGGUUGAAUAUCCAGAAGUUAUAGAUUUUGAAAUCAAUAAGUCAAGAAUUCCACUGAAGAAUUUUACAGGUUUGAAAGGGAAAGCAGGAACAAGUCAACCUAUAGAUAUAACAAAUUUUUUGAAUAGACCACCGAGUUUAAAUUCAAUUACAUUAAGAUAUCAACAAACUACAAAAGAUUUUAUGGCAUAUAUUUAUAUUAUUGAAUUAGUUCCAAUAGAGAAUAUUUUAUUAGAUAUUAAAAAACGAAGUAUUAAAAUGUCAGAAACUUUAAAAAUUAUAAAACAAGCAGAUAAUGAAAAUGAAUUAACCAUGACUGCUGAAACUGUGACUUUAAAUGAUCCAAUUACAAGAGUUAGAAUGAAUACUCCAGUUCAAAGUAUUUAUUGUCGUCAUUAUCAAUGUUUUGAUGCUUAUUUUUUCUUAUUAGCUCAAAAACAAUUACCAAGUAUGUCUUGUCCAGUUUGUAAUAUGACUAUUAGAAUGGAUCAUUUGGCUAUAAGUGAAUAUGUAAUGGAUAUUUUAAAUAGAACAACUGAAGAAGAUGAAGAAAUUAGAAUUAAUCCUGAUGGGACUUGGCAAGUGUUACAAAAUGAUAAUGAUGAUGAUCAACCAAAUCAAUCUAAAACAGAUGAAAACCCAUUUUCAAAAGAACAAAGUAUUGAAAUUGUUACUUUAUCAGAUGAAGAAGAUGAAGAAGCAGAAGAUUUAAUGGAUGUUGUUUCACCAAGACCACCAACAGUUUCUCCACAAGAACCAAUAUCAAGAAAAGUAAGUAAUGGAGAUCAAAAUAUUUUAAAUUCUAAUGAAUCUCGAAGAAGGUCUCAACCAUCAAGACCAAAUUCUGUUACCAACAUAAACUCUCCGAGUGAACUUCAAGGGUCAAGAAUCUCCUCAAAUGACCUGCAAAGGUCAAGAUCAACUUCAUCAAAUAAUAUAAACUCCUUAAUUGAUAUUCAAAGGUCAAGAUCAAAUUCAGAUACAACAAAUAAAACCUCACAUGUAAUACCUGAGUCGAGAUUGAAUUAUCAAGAUCUAAGAAGACAACUGAUUGAAAAUAGAUCCAAUUCUCAAAGUUCAACUUUACAAUCACAAUUAAUGAGUUCAAUAUCAAUACCAAACAAUCAAAAUCAAAACACAAUUACAUCAACAACACCAUCUCCAAAUUUAUCAAAUAGAUCACCACCUCAAAGUCAAAAUAAUAUUACUACAAUACAUUUACCAAAUGGAAAUACUACCUUCGUACAACAGCCAAUAUCGAGAUCGACUGCUCCUCAAGUGCAGAAGAAUAAUUCAAAUCCAAUAACUCCAACAAUCCAACAAUAUUCUCAACAAUCUAGACCUCAACAAACCCAACCACAAUUUAAUCAAGCAUAUUUUCAACAAAGACAAAGACCUUUGAAUGAACCUGUUUCAGUAACUGAUCAAAAUGUAAAUUCAGACACAAGAACAGAAUAUGUACAACAAACUGUUAAUAGUCCACCUCCAAUUAAUAGUAUAUCACCAACUACUCAACAAAAUACUAAUAAAAAACCAACAGAACAACUGAGACAAAGAGAUUUAUUACAACGAUAUAGUUCAUUAUUUGUUCAUCCGAGAAAAAGACCAGUUCAACGACCUAUUAAUAAACAACCAUUGCAACAAACUCAAGAAUCAUCAUCAUCAUCACAAUCAAAUAAUAUUCAACAAGUUUCAUCUCAUUCAAAUGAUAUUCAAAAUCAACAGCAAUCUAAUAAUGAUCAAAGAUCAACUGUGUCACAACAAAUUCAAAAUCAAUCACCUCUAAUUAAUUCACAACAUAAUUCACCACAAUUUGAUGAACCAGGUUUGAAUUUUUUACAUCAACGUCCACAAACUUUAAAUCAACAACAAUCAUCAUCAUCAAAUGUAAACAGAGCAUCAAUUCCAAAUCAUAAUCAGAAUCAAAAUGUUCAAAAUGUACCUAUUCAACAACAAGGCGUUCCAAAUCAAGCUCAAAAUUUAAUGCAGCAAUCAACUUCUCAAAUAAAUCAAAAUCAAUCUCUGAAUAUGGUUUAUUCUCCUGUAGGUCAUACGAUAAUGCAAAGACAAUCAUCUCAAAACCAAAUGUCUCCUCAGCAAAAACACCAUCAAAUACAAUUGCCACAACAAGAUUCACCAACAUCAAAUCAAGUGGAUUAUGCUCAAAUGGAGAUAUAUCAAAUGAAACAACAAGAAAUGUAUAAAGAGCAAAUUCGUCAACAGCAAUUGCAGAAGCAAAUACAACAACAACAUAAGCAAGAGGUUCAGCAGGUAAAUAAUCAAUUCAAUCAACAAUCUCAAGUACCUACUCCGCCAUCGAUACAGCCAACUCAACGAUCAACUUCUGGCUCAAUUCAACAUCUACCAACAUCACAACCAAAUCAGCAACAAAUACAACAACAAUUUCAACAAGCAAAGCAAAACCAUUUAAACUCUUCUCAGUCACAACAAUCAACAGUUGUUUCUCAAAAUAGACAAGUUGUAAUAGCUCCAAAACCAACUCUGAAUCCAAAUUCACAAUCUUCUUCACCAAAUUCAGAAGCUUUUAAUUUAUUACUUACUAGAUCAAAUGAAUUACAAAUAUCAAAUUCACCACAACCACAAUCACAAAGAGAUUCCAAUCCAUUUUGGAAAAGACGCAAUAGUUAUAGUUCAUAUCCUGUCGAAAUUAGAUCAAGACUAGUGGAAGCUGAAUUAUUAAUGUCAGAAGAAGUAGACUUCUUACAUGUAAAAUAUUGUAAGGCAAAAAAUACUCAAUUUAUAAUUCGAAAAAAAUUGCAAGAAAUGUUUGCAGAUAUAGAACAAAUGAUGAGUUUACCUAAUUUUGAUUCAAAAGAUCAAGAAUAUGUAAAGUUAAAAGAGGAGGUUUUAUUUUUUAAAGGUUGCUUAAAUAGAGUUCAAUUAGAAGAAGCAGAUAAUUUAGAUAAGAUGAAAUUAAGAAUUUCAAUAUUUGAAAAUGAGAAAAGAACAAUAAUUAGUUUGAGACAAAGAUCUCCUGUUGUAUCUAGGUUCGAUAAUGGAAAUGGUUCCAAUGAAAAUACAAAUGUUGAUGAUCAAAAUAUGAUUACAAAUGCAAAUCAAAGUUCGAAUUCUCCCAAUGAAUUAUCAAGGAAUUCAAAUGAAAAUGUUGCAAAUCUAAAUAGGAGUAAUUAUAAUGAACCAAGAAAUAAAGAAUCAACAGAUGUACUGCAGAGUCAAACUAAAUCAAAGAAACAAGCUGCCGGUAAUUCAAUAGCAAAUGUAUUUGGAGGUACAUGGACAAAUUCAUUAGAAUCAAAUGAUAAACAAAUUGAAGAAGCUAUUGUUUCAAGAAAAUUAUCUGAUGUUGCAAAUACAAAAUUAUUUGAAAAUCAACUUGUUAUUCAUAAAAAUAAUCAACCACAACUUCAAACUUUAACUAAAUCAUCUUCAAAUCCAUUACAAACUCCAAUUAGUCCAACAAAUCCAUCAAAACACGUUGCAUCAAAUGCUAAUUCAAUAUCCAGUCCUGAUCGUCUGAAAAGACAGAAAAUUACUGGAUUAUUAGGAAUUGAAUUACAAGAUACAUUUUUUAAUAGACCUGAUGAUUUAUCACCAAUUGGUAGAAAAGUAGAUAGUAUGAGUUUACAUGAAGAUUGGGUACACGAAGUUUCAAAAUAUAAUAGUUCUGGAAUUGGAACCCUGAAGGAUCCAAUUACAUUAGAUGAUGGUGAUGAUGAUGAUUAA